CCGUGUUCAGUUGUUCCGGAAGUAUGACAUCCCAACAACUUCCCUACCCGGUGGAUAAGCGUCCCAGCGUGUACGAUGAGUACAAGUUCACCCUACCGGAUCUGUAUCGUGAAGUGGCCAAGGAGGCACUCGGAGAGGAUGAGGUGGUUCGUGAGAAAGCCCUCGCAGAAAUGCGUCACUGGAUUGCGGAAAACCCGUACAUCUUCAAGUGUCGUACGGAUGCAAAGUUCUUGCUGCGGUUUCUCCGCUUCCGUCAGUUCUCCGUACCGCUGGCUUGCGAGGCGCUGGAGCGCUAUCUGACCGUUCGAGAGCUUUAUCCGAGCUGGUUCAAGAACCUGGACUGUACUGAAUCCGGCAUAAAGGAUAUACUAAAAAAUGAUCCAUUUACAUACCUCGGUCAAGAUGGAGCAGGCCGUGCAGUUAUUCUGAUCCGAUUUGGACGAUUUCAUGGCGACAAACAAUGCACCAUCCAUGAAGCACGAGUUAUGGCGAUAGUCCUGGAAACUGUGCUCGAAUGGGAAGAGUUCCAGAUCGGUGGCUGUCAGGUGUUCAUCGACUAUCGAGACUCCACCGUUAGUAACUUUGAAAAGUGGAGCUUAAGCGAGUUGAAAAUCAUUAUGGAUGUGUACAGUCGAUCGUAUCCGGUGCGCUAUGGAGAAAUCCAUGCGGCAGAGCUGCCAAAGUUUGCUGUUCCUGUUAUUGAAUCGCUUCUCUCCUUCACAAACCCAAAGUUGCACGAAAAGAUCAGAUGCCACUCAUCGAUCGACGAGUUUGAGAAGCUUAUGGAACUUUCGUACAAACCGAAAACGUACGGUGGAACAGUCGAUUUGGACGAACUGAAUCGUGAAUUCCGCAAGCGUAUUGAAGAUCAGCGACAGAUCGUUCUCGGGCUUGACGGAAUGGAGAUCGAUGUGGAACAUUAUGCAGCGUUGUGGGACAAGGAGGAUGAUACAGCCGAGGAAGAUUCGGUUGAUGUAAAUGUGACUGGAGCCAUGCUGGAGCAGCUAAACAUUAAAUGA